AUGCCUUGCAGGCAUUUAGCAACUGACCAUCACCAACUCGACAGUAAUGUUCCUGAAUUUCGGAUAUUCUACCAAAAUGUCCGCGGGCUUAGGACCAAAAUCGAUGACUUCUUCUUAGCAGCCACCGAACGCGACUACGAUGUGAUUGUACUAACGGAGACGUGGCUGGAUGCUCAGAUUCACUCUGCGCAACUAUUCGGUAACGCCUAUAAUGUUUAUCGGUGUGAUCGCAGUCGCAUUAACAGUACCAAGACACGCGGUGGAGGAGUUUUGAUUGCUGUCUCUAGUCGGUUAACUAGCUACGUUGAUCCGACACCUGUCAGUGACACAAUCGAACAGCUGUGGGUGAUUAUAACCACGCCAACUCGCAAAGUCAGUGUUGGUGUAAUGUAUCUACCUCCAUAUCGUCGAACUGACGCCAAUGCUAUUGAUGACCAUGUGAAUUCCAUCGGCUCUAUCAUGUCUCGCUUACAGCCGAAUGAUUUGUCGUUGCUACUUGGCGAUUACAACCAACCUGGACUGCGGUGGACUCGCCCGAACAACAAUGCCCCUUCCAUUGAUUAUCUCAAUUUGUCUGUCACUGCUGCUAGUUCCGACUUGUUGGAUGGCUUCAAUUUGUACAAUUUAUCUCAAAUUAACCACGUGAUAAAUAACAACGAUCGCCUUCUUGAUUUGAUCCUGACAAAUAACGAGACCCUAUGCAAGCUGUUAGAAGCUACUGAGCCACUGGUUCCUCUCGACCCGAAUCACCCAGCGCUGGAGAUAACGGUGCACCAAACUUUACCCGUUCAAUUCGAAGAAGCACCAGUUCAGAUGUGUUUAGACUUUAGCAAAACCGAUUUCGAAGCUCUGAGCAACGCUAUCUCUCAAACCGACUGGCGAUUUUUAGAAUCUAAUCCUCUUGACGAUGCUAUUGCCUACUUCAACGAUAUUGUUAACGAUACACUCACUCAUUGCACUCCUCCCCGUCGACAGUCAUGUAAACCACCAUGGUCGAAUUCUCGUUUACGACAACUUAAGCGACAACGGUCCCUGGCACUUCGCAAAUACUGCAGACUACGUAAUACUUUAAUGAAGCAGAAAUUCAAUCAUGCGAGUAGUUUAUAUCGGAAAUAUAAUCGUUAUUUAUAUAAGCGAUAUACCAAUCGAAUGCAGCACAAUAUGAGAUUAAAUCCGAGGAUAUUCUGGUCAUUCGUCAACAGUAAAAGGAAGGAGGAAGGAUUGCCUAAGGAUAUGUUUUUGGGCGAUAGACGUGGCAGCAUGACAGAAAAAUGUACCCUGUUUGCCCAACACUUUCAACAUAAUUUCCAUGACUCCGCUGCUACAACUGCCCAAAUUAAUGCGGCAUUAUGUAACAUUCCUAGAGACGUCUUGGACUUCAAUAUGUCAGCAAUCACCGAAAGUCACGUCGAAGCUGCCAUUAACGAACUGAAAUGUUCAUUUACCGCUGGUCCUGAUGGAAUCCCAGGCAGCAAUCUAGGACCGCUGCUCUUCAUGCUGUUUAUUAACGAUAUAUCGGCCUUGCUUCCAGACGAUUACCACUUGCUAUUUGCAGAUGAUAUCAAACUGUUUAGGAUCGUCAGGAGUACCGCAGACUGUCUAGAACUCCAGAGUUUAGUAGACAUUUUCAUGCAGUGGUGUUCCAGAAAUCUACUUACUAAGCCGUGCAGCGGAAAUUUGUGCGAUAUGCUCUACGUUUCCUCCCAUGGCGUAAUCGAUUCCAGCUACCAGCAUACACCGAGCGCUGUCAGCUUCUUGGAAUACAGACUCUGGAACGUAGGCGAUUCGAAGCGCAAGCUGUGUUUGUGGCAAAAGUUCUGUCCGGCGAAAUUGAUGCGCCGAGUAUUCUGCAGCAGCUAA